AUGAUUGGAAAUGAUUCUGCACUAAUGGAUGAUCACAAGCCGGGCGUCCUGCGAGCCGAGCCAUCGCUCGGGCCGUCCGGUCCUCCGGCGUCGCCAGCCGCAGCCCGCCCGCCCGGCCGCCCGGCCGCUCCCCGCCUCCCGGGCGCGCAUCCCCGCCGGAGGGUCCGCGGCCUCCGGGCGCCCCGCGGGGAGGAGCCCCCGGACAGGAUCGGGGGCCGCUCCCCAGGGUCGCCCCGGCCCCGCCGCUCCGCGACGCCCCUGGCAGGUGGGAGCCGGGCGCCGGGGGAACCGGAGCCGGAGGCGGCGGGAAGGAAGGAUCGGAGACGCCUUCGCGGCCUCCCCGGCGCGGAGGACCGGCCGCUGCCCGCCCGGGCCAAGCUCGGCCCCCGGCUGGACAGGCCAUCCCGGCCCGCCGCCGCCCGACAUCUUCUCUCCGUCCUCUCCCGGCGGGGCGGAGGACGAGGAGGGGGAGGAUCGGCCAACGCCGGGGUCACCUGUGGACUGCCUCCCCUGUCCGGCUCUGCGGCCACCCUCGGUGGCCUCCACUCACCGCUCGAGGGUUCCUUCUGUCCGUCAGCCCGUCCAUCCCCUCCACCCUCCUCCUCUCUCGCUCCGAGCGGCAUCGGGAAUUGGAGUCUGGCCGGCCCGGGGGUCGUGGGGCCGGGGCGGAGGAGCCCCUUGACUCUAGACGACCCCCCCCCCUACUCCCCUCCUCCAUCCCUCCGUCCUUUCGGGAGGAUCCCGCCGGUCCACGCAGCCCCGCCGGCCGCGCAAGAUGCUGACCGCCGCUCCCAGGACCUGUCGGACUCCGCAGGGGCCGGCCCGAGGGCCGGAGUGACCCCCCGCUGACCCCCCGGAGGACCCCGGCCCUCCGCUGUCGUCGCCGGCUCGGGGAUCGCGACAGGAGGGGGACGACAGAGCCCCCUCCCCGACGGCGCCGGCACGGCCCGCGGAGGGACCCCCCGGCCCUUCGGCCGCCCGCGCCCCUCCCUCGGCCGGAGGCUACUCGGGCCCCGCCUGUCCGUCCGGAGCCCCGCUCUCAGCAUCCAGAAGAUCCUCGUCGGGGGUUCAGCCCGUGUCGCCUCUGGAGGUGUCCCCUUGGUCCUCCCUCCUCCGCCCCGAGCGGUCUCCGCGGGGUUUGGACGGGCGAUUUCAGCGUCCCACCGCGGCCUGGCAUCUGCCGAGAAUUAAGCCGGGCUCGCCCCUUCGGGUGGCCGCCCCAUCCCCUUUCCCCUUGGGCAGGCGGCCGGUCCCUCUCGGCCGUCGCAGCGGGGUCUGAGGACGAGGAGGAAGGAACGGACCAGCCCCGGGGGGCCCCUCCGGAGUUUGGGAGCCUGGACCUAGAGCACGGGCCUGGGAGGCAGAAGGUCAUGGGUUCUAAUCCCGGCUCCGCCACUUGUCAGCUGUGUGACC